AUGAGAUUCUGGUGGAAGGGUUCAACCAAUAAUAAGGGCAUCUGUUGGACAAAGAGGUGUAAGUUGGAGAUGCCUAAGGGUUUAGGAGGAGUUGGGUUGAGGAAUAUUGAUACAUAUAAUAAAGCCUUACUAGCCAAGCAAGCAUUUAGAAUUCAUAACGAUCCUUCAAUUUUGCUGGCAAGGGUCAUGAAAGCUGCAUAUAAGAAGUCUCCUGUUGAAGCAGCCUUGAAUAAAGACAUUUUUAACAAUGCAUCAUGGGGAUACAAGGGUUUAUGUAAAAGCAUACAGGAGAUUAGUAAUAAUGUAGGAAGAGUUAUAUAUAGAGGCAAUGUGGAUAUUAGAAAUGGAUUGUGGCUCCCAUCAAAGAAGGUCUCGUUUGAAAAUAAUGAAGCUGAAAAUAACAGAGACAUUGUUAAAGUUAAAGAUCUUUUCCACUCACAGGAAAGAAGGUGGAACCACCAGCUUAUAUGGGCAACUUUUUCUUCAAAUACAACUAGGGAAAUUCUGUGUAUGCAUAUAUCUGAUGAAGAUAAGGAAGAUCAAAUAUGUUGGAUGGCAAACAGAACGGGGCAACCCACAGUCAAAUCUAUAUAUAAUCAGCUGAUAAUGGAGAAGAAUCUUCAAACUCCUCUUGAUAAUAAGGACAAAUUCUGGAAAAGAUUAUGGAAGAGUGAGUUGAUCCCAAAAUGGAGAAUUUUUACAUGGAGGUUACUAAAUGAAGCCAUUGCAACCAGAAGUAGGCUACGCAAAAGAGGUAUGAUGGUGGAAGACGGUUGUGUCCUUUGUAAGAAGUCGCAAGAAAAUGAUAAACAUUUAUUUAGAGACUGCCCAAUUUCUAGCCAUGUUUGGAAGGGAUCUCCUUUGGGGAUAAAUGCUCGUGUGAACCAGCAUAUUGGAAUCUCUGAGUGGAUAAAAAACUUCAUGCAUUUCUUUUGGACUGAAGAUGGUCGUAAUAGUCCGCGAGUCAGAGCAUUUAUCGCAAUUCUAUGGUCAAUAUGGAUACAUAGGAAUGAAGUAGUGUUCAGAAAUGUUGAAGCCAAUCCCAGAACAGUCAUGCACCUUGUUGUGAAACAUAUAAAGCAAGCAGAGGAGGCUGUUGAGCUAAAAUAUAGGGAGGGAAGCAAGAUUCGAAGACAAGAAGAAGGAGUCUUGGUGCAUGCUCUCAAAGGUAACAAUAACGUGAAUCAUGCUAAUCUUAUUGUUGCAGGAACUUGGAAAAAAGGUAGGAACAAGAAAUGGGGGGAUGCUGCAAUAGGAUGGUGUGUUAUGAUGGACAAUAGAUUGAUUGAUGAAGAUGGACUAAAGGUGAACGCUUCAGACGGACAACAGGCAGAAAUCAAGGCUAUGCUCUAUGGAAUGCAAAGGGCGACACAGUUGCUAAUUCGGAGCAUGAAGAUUUGUACGAGCUCUAUGGAUGCUAUCAAAGCGUUAAAGAAUUAUCCUGCAUGUAGAAUGGAUCUGGUUACAAUUUGUGGUGACAUUAUUAGAAUUUCGAAUGAUAUGGACAAUUGUAUAAUAGAAAAAUGUAAAAAAGAGAUAACUAAAAAAAAGUUUGUUGAGAGGUUCGAAGAGGGAACUCUUUCGACGCCAUGGGUAGACCUCGAAAGCAAACUCGCUCGUCCAACUCAGGGAAGAAGAAGAUGA